AUGGUGUUUCUAGUAACCCCAUUUGAAUUCUUGAAUAGUAAAGCAGCUGAGGAAAGUGAAAGUUCAAUUCUUGUAGGGACCCCAGCUGAAUUCUUGGACUGUAAAUCAGCUGAGAAAAGUGAUAGUUCAAAUCUUGAUUCUUCAGGUACAAGGGGUACUACUAUGGAGAGAAAGAUAUUGGUAGACUUCUUAAAAGAAGUGGAUGAGUUUGAAAAUAUGAAUUGGAGUGAUACUGUUGAAGAGAAAAAAAUUGAGCCAAAGAGUAGAAAAACCUAUAAAGCAAAAGAUUGGAAAAGGACAUUGGCAUGCAAAUUUUAUGAGGAAAGGGAAAAUGCUAGUGAUAGCAGAAGUGAAGGAAUGGAUUUAUUGUGGGAAAAGUAUGAAAUGGAUGCCAUAAAAAACAGUGCAAACAGAAAUAAUAGAAAGAAGAAGAAGAUGAAGAGAAAAGGAGAGCUCAAGAGCUAUUUUAAAGAGGAAAAAAGAGAGGUGAAUGAGCACAUUGAGCAGUUGUGUUGCUUACAGGCACUAAAGUUGUCAGCUAGGAAAGUGAAUUUGGGAAUAGGAAGGGCUAAUAUUGUAAGAAUUUCUAAAGCAAUUAAAGGAUUUGGAUGGCUAUAUCAUGUAAACAAGAAAGUGCAUUGUGGAGAUAGAUUUUAA